CGGCUAAGUACGCGCCGGUAUGCCCACAGUGGGAGCCGACGAGGUAAUUGACCGACGACCGCGGCUUGCGCAGAUGCCCCGCUACGUCACGCUCCAAGGCCCCGUGCACGGCCCGAGGACCGGUAGCAGCGAGUACCGCGUCGGCGACCACGUCGAGAUCGCCGGGCGCAAGGGCGAUAGCGCCGUCAUCUACGUGGCCGAGAUCAUCGGGCUCCACGCACAGGGCUUCACGGGCAAGUACUACUACUUUCCGUCCGACUUGGACGAGAAGACAAUGGCGCAGUUCCCGACGCACCCGGGCAACCAUAUUUCGUCGGCGCGCGACACUGACAUUGUCGACCUCAAGACGGAAGACAACGAGAUCUUUGCGUCGCCGUUCUCGGGCGAUGCGCCGAUGGCCGCGAUUCUGCAGCGCUGCUACGUCGUGCAAAGCAUGCCAUUGCACCAGUUCAAGGACGAGCCGCUGCACACGUACUUGUGCCGGUAUGCGUACGCGCCGUCGGCCUUUCCGUCGCCGUUUGUCAAGAUCGACGCCGAUGACGCCGAGCCCGUCAACUGCCGCCUCGGCCCAAAUUAUCAGGCCGAUAUUCCGCCAUUUGAGCCCAAGCCGCUCGAUGCAAAGCCGCCGCUCGAUGCAAAGCCGCCGCUCAAUUCAAAGCCGCCGCAAGCACCACUCAACCGCCGGUGGGUGCCGAAGCUCGCGCGGCGCCAGGUCAAAACGUACCUCGCAGUCGCCCAUGUCCUCCAGCUCGCGAUCGGCAACAUUGCGUACGCGUGGAACCCAAAAUCCAAGGAGCAGAUCCCCGUCGUGCUCCGAGAGUACCUCCCGAUCGACGGCCAAUUCCGCGUGACGUUCGUCGACGGCACGGGCGGUGCGAGCCUCGUGGACGGCGACAUGGUGCGCGGUCUCGUCGCGCCGGACGAAGUGCUCUUCGCGCUUCACGACGCCGACUAUGACGCAACGAGCGCCCUCCAAACGGUGGCCACGUGGAUCAGCAAGCGGUCGGUCGACAUGGUCAAGGACAUGGCCGAGGACUCCGAGUCGGGCGAGUCCGACUCGUCCGCGACGUCGCCCCGUCAGCACACGGAGCGGCAGACGACGCUGUUGAAGCAGCGGCUAGCAAAACAGCGCCAGCAAGCGCCGCCGCCGACCAAGCGCCAGCGAAAAGUAGACCAGUAACACGAGAUGCACCACGCACAGAA